UUUCUUUCCUGUUCGUGCCUUUUGCGAGAAGUUGGCGUCUUACAACAUCAAACACUACAGAAUCCUUUGGAUGCGAGAUUCAGGUACAAAAACGACUUUAGUUGUUUUUGGCUAUGGAUGGCGCACCACUGGACGAUGGCAAAGCCGCUACGUCGGUAGAGGAGCGCAAGCUUACGGCAAAGAUGGUUGUUUCUAGCAAAACGGUACCAUCCUCCGAUCAGCAGGUACACCGACUCGCCGAGAAGCUGGAGCCAUCUGGGAAGGGUGAGCGUAACAUGGGCGUAUCAUGGAAUGUGCAAGGAAUAGUGGAGGCACAAUACACAAAAAGUGAGGGACGGCAACAGCAAAGCUCAGGGGUUCCUGGGGAAUACAGUGAUUGCAGAAAGUCGGCAGCGCUAGCAUCAGCUGAGGAAAGCGAUGACAAGGUUUCAUCUUUCAGAAAGAGAAAUGCUCUCUACUCCAAGCGAAACUAUUACAAGACGAAAACUCAAUUUCAAGACCUCCGAGACUCAAGCUACGCGCUAAGAGCGGAAAACAUUGAGCUGAAAGAAGAAAAAGAUCGCCUCGAAGGCCUCUUGGCCGCUGCAAAUGAUGCCAUAGCGUCUCUCAAGCCUGAAGACCUUCGACCAACACUUCGAGGGUCCACUUUUGCACCUUCUACGCCUCUGGAAUCUCCUUCAGAUUCAUCAAUACCUCGGGUGACAGACGGAAUAGUGCCACCAGGAAUUGUUUCUGGUGAAGAGGACAUGGAAGCAUUGCUUGCUUUUUUUCGUUCUGAUUCUAUACGGCAAGAUGGUGGGGGUCUUCACCAGUCAGUCAGCCCAGCACUAUCGUAUUUGGUCACUGACGUCAGGUCCAAUCGCUUGUUAUGGGAUGCGCAAAGGUUACAGGAAGCACUCCAGGGUCGACAGGAAGACUCCCAUCGACGAACGAGUUUUCCAGCAUCAUUCACUUCAAUAAGAAGUCAAAAUUUUGAUGAGCAAGAAAUCUUUGGUGAAAGCCAACCCCGACGUUCGUCUCUUCCUGCAGUAGCACAGAAUGAGACAUCAGUAAUUCUACCAGCCGCUCAUGACCAAGUGGGAAGAUCAGAGUCUGGAGCAGCUUGGAAUAGCCUAAGAAGAAUAUGGGCACCAUCUCAGAAUACGGUUCCUCUCUUUAGUCUCGGUGCAUUAGCGCAAAUAACGGACUUUAGCAGAAGUCGUCCCGUUGCAGACUUGGCGGGUGAUUAUCAGUCCGUCAUCGGAGGUUCAUUAUCGCUUCCAUCGACACAAAACCCUUCGAUGCCACAACACAUAAGACCUGCGGAAAGACUGCUACCAUCAUCACCUGCAUCAGAUCAGAUCGUUGAGCCCGGAGCAUCCGCCGAAGAACAGCUACGAUAUUUGCUGUUCAUGGAUGCGCUGAUGAGGAGUACUAGCGGAGGGCGAUAGCUCAUUUAGGAUCGGCCUCCCCUCGACGAUGUGGUAUACAAAGCGAAACCUCAGUGACCGUUCGCAUGUCCACAAGAUUUCACUUGAUUAGGCUACAAAGAAAAGAAUACAUCAAAAACGGAGACACGCCUUCCAGACUGCCUUUGUUGUGUUGAGCGUUCAGAGCAUGCUACACUAUGUCGUGUUUUAACUGCCUCAAAGAGGUCAUAUAGCAGAUCCAAGCGCUUCUAAAGCUCAACCGUGUGUCGAAAAGCAGGCAGCGCUUGGAACAUUUUGGAUGUACCAGCGUUGACGGGCAGCUCUAGCGCUCGAGGCCUUCACGAUAUUCUCUGAUCAAACAAGGCCCCCGAUGGUCGGUUUUCCCGCACACAUUGCAUGUUACGGUCUAUGGUCCUUGUUCAGCCAACCUAUUUUGUGAAAGUGACGGCGGGCAUUUACUCAGACGUAGCGAAAGCUGCAGAUGUCCUUCAAGAUGACAUCACCUAAGGAGCUGCAGUAUGUCCUACUAAACUAAGUAUCUUUUAAAAGUAUGCU